AGCCGAUUUGCUUUCUGUGCGUUUUCGUUAGGCGAAGAUUCUUUCCGAUAAAAGGGUCUGCCUGUCUUCUACACACGCACGCACACCCUUCGAAAUGGAUCUCCAGUUCAACUUAGCCAAUACGCUGAAGACGCAGCUGACACGCGAACGGUGCGAGGAGCUGGAGCUCGACGGGUACACGGUGCUGGACCAGCAGCCCUUCCCGGACGCCGUGGCCAAAGAGUUCCUGCGCGAGAUCAAGCACUGCUUCCACGACAUCGACGGAGGCAAAAUUCAAAAUGAAGUGGAGUUUCUGACCGCCGAUGGCCCGGUGAAGCUGACGAAGCCGCACAUUUACGAGUGCGACCUCUACAAUGCGGACAUUCGUCAGCAGCUCCCCCUCUUCCGCGCCCUCUUUGACGGUCAGCUGGGCGAGUUGGUGGAGGUGUUGCGGGACAAGGUGGGCUGCUGCGAGGACCUGCUGCCGUGCGACACCGCCGACCUCGCCUCCCGUUCCGUCACGCUGAAGCUGCAGAUGAACGAGGGCGGGGCAUUUCCGUGGCACUACGACAACCCCGGCCGGCCCAACAAGCGCCGCCUCACCGUGGCCGUCUACCUCACCGAGGACUGGACGCCAGAAGUGGCGGGGGAGCUGCAACUCAUGCCGUUUCUCGGGCCCUGCGUGACGGUGGCGCCUAAACUCUGCACCGUGGCCUUCUUCAAGUCGGAUGCCACGCUGCACCGCGUGCGGCCCAUCGUGUCCGCCGUGGGGAAGGUACGCUACUGCUUCACGAUUUGGUUCGAUGGAGCCUUGACGAACAGCGACGACGAUCUCUUUCUGAAGAUGCACCAUCUGGAGGAAGACGCCAUCCCCUUUCUGCGCCGCAGCGCCGUGCAGCGCACCCUUUCCCGGGCGGUGUACGCGAAGGAGUACGAGCAGUCGCUGGCGGACUGCUUUGGCGCGGACACGCCGGCCCUGAAGAUGAGCCUGCGGGAGCACCACGCCCACCUGCAGCAGCUUCUCAAGCACGAAAAGGUGCGCAGUUUUCUCGAGGUGCUGCGCGACUACCGCGAAGACAUCCGUCAGGAGUAG